AAAAAUUCCCCACUACCAAUUCCAACAUGGCUGCGAUCAGGAGUGGGGUGACUCCGGGUUGUCUAACGAGAUGUUUUUUAAGACCAAGUGGAAUACCAAGUGCAGGCAACCCUUCAUUUACAGAGAGAUGGAACCAGGUUUGACUUGUGCUCUUGAAUUCGUGUGUUUGUCUGGCAGCAAGCAGUAACAGUGAUUCUAAACAGCACGCCAAGCGCAUGCCUGUGACUUUGAAAAUGUCCAGCUAACGUUAGCUAGUUAGCAAGUGAAUUAGCAUUCGUAUCAAAAUCUAGCUACAUGCUUCACACAAGAAUCAGGAUAAAAGGUUGUUCGCAUGUAUGCAUACAAAAUUGUUGAUAGCUGUUCGGGUCACCUGUCUAACAUACACAAUUUGACAUGUCCAGACAGUCAAUUAUGACAUGCUAGCUAGUUAUCUGGUAGCAACGUUAGCAUUCCCAUUUCAGCCAGUAACUAGCUAGCUGUCUACGAACGAUACAGCCUUGAUAACACCUACCAAUGAUAUGUAAACAUGUUAAUGACAAGCAAGCAAUAACGUUGUGUAUGAGCCUUCAUCAGCCACCAAGUCAACAUAUUUCUUGAGAUUUGUGUUACAAACCACAAUACAGCUUUCUUGGCUAGAAAUAUGUAAGUCUAUUGACUCUGGUGCAAUUGCUGCUGCAUUGUCAAAGACAACCUAUCCUGCAAUAAGCCACACAGUAAAGUGUACCAGAAAGUAGUAGUGUAUCUUCAUCUGAGGAUUGUAACAUGCAGUUGUUGUUAAUGUACUGUAGUUCAUUGUAGGCCAUUCAUGUUAUUGUGCCCCCCUUCUAAACAGAGGUUUCUACAGAGAUCCCAUCUUCACACAGUAGUAGAAUGCAGGAGUCCUACAACUAGAGCUGUUCUCGGUCGACGCCACAAUGGAAGGUUAUUAUUGGUCAGUGCGGUGUCCGUCAGGCACAACAGCUCACAGGUGAGUCAGUGUCAAUCUACAAUAAUAUAAUAAAAUAACAUGCCAUUUAGCAGACGCUUUUAUCCAAAGCGACUUACAGUCAUGCGUGCAUACAUUUUUGUGUAUGGGUGGUCCCGGGGAUCGAACCCACUACCUUGGCGUUACAAGCGCCGUGCACAUACAGUGGUGGCGUUCCUGCCUGACUACAUUACAGACGUUGCUUUACAUCAACAAAUGGUUGUGUGCAACGUCAUUGACUGCAGUCGGGCAUCACGUUGCUAUAUCAUAUGAUGUGGAAAGCUGAGAGUUUAAACACCUAUUCAAGCGUUGUGAGAUCUGGCAGGCGUCUGCAAUGUAGUCAGGCAGGAACAACACCAGUGAAGUAUUUUAGAACAUUACACCAGAGGAUGCUCUGGUUGUUACACCUUGAUAAAUUGCCUGGAGAGUUUAUGCAUUUGGUCAAAAUCCAAGACACUUCCUCUGGGAUAAUAGUUUGUUCUGUCCUUUUGGAAAUCCUUCUACCUGAUGUGUGAAAGAGAUGAUUACCACCAUAUAAAAUAAAAGCUAUGUUAUAUUUUCAGAUCACAAGUGAAAGUAUUCCUACGGCAACUCCAGUGCUGGAAGCAUCCAUUGCCAGCCCUGUCGUCGUUGACCCCGCGCCUAUAAUCACGCAGCCAAUCGCCGACCAGGUGUUAGAGGCUGCACCAACCGCAGUGGAUGUUCUGCAGGGGGCGGGAGCAGAGCUGAGCCUAUCAGAGCUGGGCCUUGGGAGCGCCACUCCUGUUGGCCUGGUCCAGAACCUACUGGAGUUCAUGCAUGUGGACAUUGGGAUGCCGUGGUGGGGAGCCAUUGUUGUAGGUGAGGCACCCUCAUCCUCAGAACUCCCACUGUGCUUUGCCUCAACAUGUCUAGCUUAUUAAAAGUCACUAGACUUCAGUCCGCUAUUCACAGAGAGAUAUUUGGUUGUAAGAGGCUUUUGGUAUAUAUUCAGAGUUUUCUUAUGUCAAUUUUUCUUUCUCUCCUACAAACACACUAAAACACACACACCCACACCCCAGGCACAGUGCUGGCUCGCAUCAUGGUGUUCCCGGUCAUUGUGAAGGGUCAGAGGGAGGCAGCUAAGCUGAACAACGUUAUGCCAGAGAUGACUAAACUCACCAACAAGAUGAACGAGGCCAAACAGAGCGGAAACAAGUUUGACUGUUAGUCUUCUCUCUUUCUUUCCUCAACUCAUUGUGUUUAUCCACUAUGUAACUCCUCCUUUCAUGUCAUAUUGCAACUCAAUAUCAGGUUUAGUGUGUGACGUCUCCCUCAGUUUCAAGGUAAUAUGUCUGUGUGUCUCCUAGUUGCUAAGGCGUACUCUGACCUGACCAUGUUCCAGAAGAAACAUGACGUCAACCCCCUCCGUGGCUUCCUGGUCCCUCUGGUGCAGGUAAGUUACAGCUCUCUCUCUCUCUCUCUCGCUCUCUCUGGUUUAGUCAGUUUAAAUCCAUAACACUAGUAUGUUCUACUGAAACAAUCAAUACAUUGAUGUUUAAAAAAAAUCCAUCUGUAGUAUCUCCUCUGUUUUAUGCGCGUCUUCAUGGCGUGAUAGGAAUCAUACCUCUCUCUGUCUCUACCCCCCUCUCUAUCUCCCUCUCCUCCGUUCCAGACUCCAGUCUUCAUCUCCUUCUUCAUCGCUCUCAGAAAGAUGUCCUACCUCCCUGUCCCCAGUAUGCAGACAGGGGGUUGCUUGUGGUUCUUAGACCUCACAGCAGCAGACCCUUUCUACAUCCUCCCCAUUGCUGUGACCGGGACCAUGUUUGCUAUACUGGAGGUAGGAUAAUGGUGUUGCUUCGUCUACUAGGAAAGCUGAAGUCUUUGCUAGUAGUCAGUUGAUGAUUUUAGAGGCCAGCUGUAUUGACCCUGAAAAAUCAGCUGUCAAAUGGACAAUGAUGACCAUUUUUUUAAAUAAUGUUUUAUUGAAUCAUGCGAGAAUUUGAAUAAUGUUGUCACUGAUUACAUUGGAAUAACAGUAUUGAGCCUAAAUAACACCUACACGUUGUCUGUUUGCCUGUCUUCUCCUCAGUUGGGGGCAGAGUCAGGUGUGGACAACCCUAACCUGAAAGCCAUGAAGACAGUGUUCAGAAUCAUGCCCUUCGUCAUCCUGCCUCUCACCAUUAACUUCCCCACGGUCAGUCUCUCAAUUUCUCUCCCCAUCUCCCUUUCUUUCUCUCGAUCUCUCACUCUGUCUUACUACUCUCUCUUAGUGGUGUUCACGGAUCCACCUGUACCCAAAUACCCGAGAGGGUCCGUAUCCAAUAUUGUAAAUAAUGUCGGAUCCGAUAUGAUUGUCAUAGGUCUCGGGUAAUUUUAACUGACGUGUCCGGAAGGACCCGUACAGAUCCGAGAGAGUCAGUGAGAGAAAGAGAGAGAGAGAUUUAUGCUGCUGCUCUUGCUUUUCAGGAGAGUGGCGUGUGUAGCUUGUUGUUGGCCAAUCAGAAGUCAUCAAAGUGGUAAUAGGCUACAGUCAUAGAGCCUCCAUGUGGGGCAAAGGUUAGGAGAUAUCUAAUCAAUGGAAGAUGGAAUUAAAAUGACGGAAUUAAAAGUUAAAGGAGAAGGAUAGGCUACAACGACCAAGAGACAACAGGUAGGCUGCUACUUAAUAUUCUGAAUGGAAGAGUUGUUGUUUGUAACUGUGUAGGACGAGAAGGCGCAUGCAGCCUCCAUUAGCCUAGCUAGCUAGCUUAACUAGCUUUUCCCGGUUUGAUGCAGUCAAGACAGGUACUACGUAAUUAUAUUUGAUGAUAAAUAACCUAGCUAUGGUAGCUAUUAGUCUACUAUAGCGCGAGUUGGCUUGGUUGCUGUCUCUCCCUCCCUCCUCCCGGUUCCCCAUGUUACUCGCUCACUCACAGUAGCCUACAAACACACGAAGCACGGCCCCUGCCAGAGCGGCACCUCUCUCUACCUCCUCUCCCUUACACUUUAUCAGCUCCAGUUAAUAAAGUAGCUUAGAUAUAGCCUUUUCUGCUGCUACCGGGUCUGGAUCCAACCAGGUCUAUACAGAACGGGUGUAGUUGUCCUUUGGUCUGUUCUGAAUAAUUUAUGCAUACCGGGUCUGGGUGGAAAAGCCCCAGGUCUAUUUCAGAACGGGUCAUUUUGGACCUGUGAAGGCUUGUACUCUUUCUCUCUCCUCUCGCUCUUCCCCGGUCUAGGCCGGGGGAUUACUAUAAAAGCACUUUGUGACAAAUGCAUAUGUAGAAAUGUCAUUGAUUUGAUUGAUUGACAUAUAUGUUCCUCUUCUCUCUGUCCCCCCCGCCCCCAGGCAGUGUUUACGUACUGGAUGACGUCCAACUGCUUCUCCCUGGCCCAGGUGGCCCUGCUCAAACACCCCCUGGUCAGACAGAAGCUGAGGAUCCCAGAGAGGAUCGAACACCCGGCCUCCUCCCUGCCCCAGAACGACGGCUUUAUCAAGACCAUCAAGAAGGGUGGGUGUGGUAGGACUGGUGGGGAUGUGUCAUGGAGUCACCUGUGGAAAUCUUUCUCUGCCUCUCUCUCUUUAUUUUUCUCUCUUUCAUUUAUUUUCACUCUCACUCUGACACACAUUCUCCUCUUUCCCCCUUUUAAAACAUGGUUAUCUGUCCCUCCUAUAGGCUGGAAGAACGCUCAGCUUGCCCAGCAGUUGGAGGAGAGAGAAAGAAGGAUCAAGAACCACCUGGAUAUUGCAUCAAAAGGUAAGGGACACUGGUGCCUUUUUUACCCCACCACAACCCCUUUCUUAGAAUCUAUAUCAUUUUUUACAUUUACUGUAUUUGACUUUAUUCCUAAAUGGAAUGUUUUAACAUCCUCUUUGAUAAAUCUAGAAAUAUGCUUCUGUUUGUCUGUGAAUACUUUAGUGGAUUUCUUUUCAUUUUGCCUAAUAUCUUUCCUCUUCAACUAGGUCCAUUGAGGCAGACCUUCACUCACAACCCUCUACAACAGUCGACACCAUCCAUUACAGCAACAGCAACCAAGUCAGCCAAAGCAAAACAAGCAUCCCCAGCAACCGAUGGUAAGAAGAGGCCAUGGGAGGAGACUAUUGGUUGAAGAAGCGUGAUGGACAGUUUGAAGGGCCAAUGAAUUAUGUGUGCAUAUUUAUUGAGAGAGGGAUUGGUAGACAGGACAUGGGCGCAGAGGGUAUGUCGUUAUAAAUGUAUUCUAAAUAAAGAGCAAACUUCUGUUGCCUUAUAACGUCUGUGUACAUUAUGACAACCUGAAUUCUGAUUUGAAAACAUGAAAUCGUAUUGUUGAUUAUAUCCAUUGGAAUGACUGCAAUGGAAUUGUUACAACCAGAGUUAUAUAUAUAUAUAUAUAUAUAUAUAUAAAAAUUGACCCUUCCCCGUUGUGCGGUUUAUUUCUGAUAGUUUUCAAAACCUAAGACGUUAAAGCAGAUAUGGAAUUUGUUGACACCACAACACAGUA